GCCCGGCUGCCGCCGCCGCCGCCCCGGCCCCGCCCGUGCCCGCGCCGGGACAUGGACUCCGACUCCUGCGCUUCGCCGUUUGCCCCGGAGGACUUCUCCCCCGGCUCCCGGCGGCACCGCACCGUGGAGGACUUCAAUAAGUUCUGCACCUUCGUCUUGGCCUACGCCGGCUACAUCCCGUACCCGCAGGAGGAGACGCCGCUGAGGAACAGCCCCAGCCCUCCCAACAGUACUGGAGGCACGAUUGACAGCGAUAGCUGGGAUCCCCGCUUCAAUGACACCCCCUCCUCUGUCUCCCUGCCCACCAAGAACAGAAAGAACUUUAGUCAGCUUAAGCGGGCAAAACCGUAUGGUUCCCUGUUCCAGCGGGCAAAGGCCAACAACUUCCUGCCAGAGAGAAAGCAAAUCGAUAAGAUCAGGAAGAAGAAAAAGCUGAAAAGGAGGGAAACAGAGGUGUCUGCAGAGGAGGACUAUGAGGAGAAGCUGCUGGACCUGGAGGCAGAGGACUCUUACGCAGAGACGCCGAUGAGCCCCUCGUCAGAGGGGGACCCUCAGUCUGUGACUGAGCACUGCUCGGUGUGGGACUCUGACACCCCGUCCAGCGUCUCCUACCCCGCUGUGACGGCCGAGCAGACGGUGGAGAUCCAGAGCGUGGGCAAGCGAACGGUCAUUCGGCAGGGCAAGCAGGUGGUGUUUCGGGAUGAGGAUGGCACUGGUGACGACGAGGACAUCAUGGUGGAUUCAGAUGACGACUCGUGGGACCUGGUCACUUGCUUCUGCAUGAAGCCUUUCGCUGGGCGGCCCAUGAUCGAGUGCAACGAGUGCCACACUUGGAUCCACCUCUCGUGCGCCAAAAUCCGCAAGUCGAACGUCCCAGAGAUCUACAUCUGCCAGAAGUGCCGGGACUCCAAGUUUGACAUUCGCCGCUCGAACCGCUCCCGGACGGGCUCGCGCAGGCGCUUUCUGGACUAGGGGGGAGGCACGUGCUGGUGCUCUGUGUUGGUGGGAGAGCCGUGGGUGCCGGCUGCGAGGCCGGGGAGGGCUCCCCUGAACUGCUCUGCUCAGGCAGGAGGGCUGCCCAGCCGGCCUGCGGCCCGGGAAUGAGGAAUCGCCGAGCCGCGGGCAGCCGGAGCUGGGAGCGGCCGACUGGGCAGAACUGUGGCGAGAGACUCUCGAGGGACAGACGGACAGACAGACAGAGCUCCCUGAGCUCAGUGGAGUUUUGUCUGGUUACGAUGACUGGGUGAUGUACUAUACCUUUGCCAAGUAGGUUUUCUCAUCCCAUUGGGAAACUGCAAAUCUUCUCUGUGCUAGAAAACUCGUCCUCCUCCCCAAAGAGGGAGGGGAGGAGGAGGGAGUCUGUGUGAAGAGUCUGAAGAGUAAAUGGCCCUGUGUUUUAAAUUCAGUGUGAUAUUAUACCUGCCCAUUUGUCCGUAUAGAUCAAUCUUAGGUAUCCUGAGACUCCAUAGGAGUCAGCCUCAGUGCUGUGGCCUCUGUGUGAUCUGCUGCUGCUUCCACGGGCCUGAGCAUAGGGGAGUUCUGUCAUUUGGCAUCAUCCAAGUGCAAACAAGACUCGGGGCUCCCUCCUGUGCCAAGGGACAGCGCCCUGGCAGGAAGGAGCAACCCUUUUCCUGGACAGGCAGCGUGGGGGAUCAGUGGCAUCAGAUUCCUUCCUAGAAGGUCUCUUCUUACAGUGGUUUUUUGUGAUUUAUUUGCAUGAACAGCUCAAAUGUGUGUAUGGGGGGGAAACUGCUCCAUUUCCUGUCCCUUCGUUAACCUCUAUGGUGCUGUUUUAAGAAGAUGACUCUCCUUUUUCUCAGCCCAGAAUUCAAACAUGGGCUGUAAGAGGGGCCAAAGGAAAUGUAGAACCUGGCAGGUCUGGUUUGGAAUUUGAUCAUGUCCAUCCAAGUAUGACAGCUGAGUUGAUUUUUGCUUUUGCUGUUUGUUUUUUGGAACUGGACUGUAACCAAAAAGCCAGAGUCUUUAUUCUGUUGGUAGCAAUGACAGAUCAAAUGCAGGCAAUGCAGCUACAGGAUGAAGUGCAAUGAGGAUCUGUCUGGAGUGGACAGGAGAGCAUUGAGGCCCUGGCCAGCACUGCAGACAGGACCUCCUGGGCCUUAGCCCAUGGGAAAUCCCUUCAGGACCACGAUGGGAAGUCACAGCUCAUGCACAAGGCCAGAGAGAUGCUGGCAUUGUUCCUCAAUGGCCAGACAGAUCCACAUGGAUCACACAAAUGGGGUUGAUGCUUCGAGGUGUGUCUGUGAAGUUCUGCCUGAAGAACAGAGUGUGCUCUGCCCAGGAAGAGGCUCAGAGAAGCAUUGGCUGGCACAGCAGCUGAGCCAGGCCAGCUGUGCCAGCAGGAACACGACCCCAGGAGCUCUGCAGUCACACAGCAUUGGAGCACUGCCUUGUCUGAGGACUGGCUCACCACGAGAUGCAUCCUGGUGAUGACUGAGGGUCUUGCUAGCACACAGGGGCAAGUACCCUCCUUCAGACAUUGGCCCCAGGGCUGCCAAAGCCUCAGCAGCCCAGUACCACAGCGCCCUGGGGCUCCACGAUGUGGGAAAGGGCGGCAGAAGUGCACAACAUGCAGCUGUUCUCUCCUGGUUCUUGAAAAAAUCUCGUUCCACCAAGCUGUAACACCUGACUGGGUUUCAGAAAACCAGCUUCUGUGAAAUCUCUCAACCAUGACUGUGCUGUGCUGCCUUCAGAAGCUAUGUGGAACCACCAAGGAGUUUGCCAAAGACUCGCUCCCAAUGGCUGCCUGACUGUCCUUUGCAGCCAGAAAAAUAACCAAAGUUCUCCAGUGCUGCCAUUUCCCCAGAAAUACUUUGGAAGAUCCCAGCCACAACUGCACAAGGGUUGGACCUGGUCUGAAAUUUGUAUCUCUUGUGUUUACAGCGUGUCUGCAGUUCAACUGGACCUCUGUGGACUGUGUUCCUGAAGCUUUUAUGGGAGAAAUGGUGCACUGUCAAGUGAACUGGCUCUUUUUCACAGAGGUUCAACACUAAUCAAUGUGACUGACUCUUGUUCUGUCCCCUUUUUGGAUUUAUCCCAGUGGAUGGUGUCCAGCACGUUACAAUAUCAGCAGAGAGAAAUAAAAAAAGUAACAUCUCCAUUCUUUUAGUUCAUCACUUUCAGCCAUGUAUAAUUAUAGUUUAAUUCAGAACUUUAUUUUUUCAUUAAAACUUCUAAUGAACCAUGUUUUUUUCUUACAUGUGAGACAAAUGAACAAUGAGUUUGUUAUAUUCCAAACUCAGGAGUCUGCUGUUAUGAUUUAUUGGUUUGUGAGCUGUUGUGCCAGGCAGCAGGAAGACUUAACACUUGAAGUGCUCUUCCCAAAACAAUACACUCAGGUGGGGAUAGGAAGAGCUGGCAGGGAUCCCCCACCUUUCUGUGGAGCAGCUGCUCCUUGCUAGAGUGUGGGACAUGGUGAUGGAGCCCUGGGCUGGGCAGGGAGGCACUGCUGGAGUGGCUGCAGACAGCAGGGACACUGCUGGGAACGUGCCAGGGGCUGCUGAAGGGUGCAAGGACUGAGCUGGGGACAGGGCCCAGGAUGCCAAUGGUGUCAGAGUGGUCCUGGCAGCAGGUCCCUGCAGCCUCAGACACAGCCCUGGGGCAGCACUGCACCCCCUUGCAAGGACUGGAGGCUUGGCCAGACCCAAACCAAGCCCCUGUGACCUCUCUGGUGAAAGAAACCCUUCCCUCCCCACCACUAGGCACACCAAGGACUCCACACCACCCUGCAGCUCAUGGAUGUGCCACAAGCCCACAGGCAGUGCUGCCAUCAAAGCAGCAGCCUGAACACCUUGGCACACUGAAAAGGCAGCUCAACCUUUUGGAAAUGGCACUAGGUCAUGCUGGAAGCUCAGUUCUGCUUGCUUAGAGCUUCUGUUUUAAUUCUGUUGGUAAUUUUGAAUUAUAGAGAGUCAUAAAAAGAAGUCCCAGGGGAGUUGUGGCUGUAAAAUGGCAGCUGCUCACAGCAAGGAUGUGGUGGUGAAGGCUGUGGUUCUGCAGUGGGGAUGUUCUUACAGUUUUGGCAAAACGUGGCACUGACAGAAAACAAGGAAGAAAGGAGGAGGGGGCUGGGGAGACUGAGUGAGCAUGUGGCUCUGAGGGAUGCUCUUGUGCCAUGUCCUAGUCCCUACAGGCUGGCUCCUCACUUCUGACCAUGCACCUCACACAGUGACAUCAAAAAGGAACUGGAGGAGAUUUAGAUUUCUGCCCAGUCCCACCCAGCAGAGGUCAAUAAGUUGGAUGGGAUAGAGA